AUGUCCACUGAUAAACAAAAUAUUUUAAAUGAUUUAAAUUUAAAAGAAUCCUUUUAUUCAACACCAAUAAUGUUUUCACGAGAUUCAUCUAUGGAAACAUUAUCAAGUUUUAAUGUUAAUUUUCAUUCACAUAAUUCAACAUACACAUCAGAACAUAGUACGAAUCCAUCUGGAAUUCUAUCACCUAGUGAUAUACCAGAUUCACCACCACGUGGUUUAGAUGAUGAUAUUGAUACCAUUGAACAACAGAAAACAUUCAUUCAACCUUUAAAUAUAACUCGUUCAACUGGUUCAACAAUCAUUGAACGAUCCGAUAAUUAUAUAUACGAUGAUAACGAUGUGGAUAGUAUACGUAAUUAUGCUAUAUCGCCACCAAGAAUUGCUUAUGAUGAUGACGAUGAUGAUGAUGAUAAUGAUUCAAUACGUUCAUCAUUAAGUUCAUUAACAUUACCACCACCCCCUUCAUCUUCAUCAUCGUCAGCAGCAGCAAACAAUACAAUAUUGUCAAGUAUAAAUGAUUUACGAAAUUUAAAACAUAAUUUAAGUAUCAUUAAUGAAGAAAGUUUACAUGAACAUAAUGAACAUCCAAAAUCAUCAUUUAAUACAACUGAUACAACAAUAACAACAACAACAGAUGAGGAUGAAGAUGAUGAAGAUCAAAAAGGUAAACGAUUAUUAUUCGAACUUAUUCGGCAACGUUUACCACAUCAUCAUGUGUCAUUAACAAGUGCAUCGGAUUCAUCAUCAAAAAUCAAUGAUAUUGAUUGUCAAGAUAAACCAAAAGGAACAUCAUCAUCAUCGUCAUCAUCAAUUAAUGAUCAGACAAUGCGUGAAGAUUCUUCUAAUCAUGGUUUAUCAUCACAUGAUAUUACCAUACCUUCUUCAGCAAUGCAAGAAAGUGGUUAUGAUAGUUUAUUACCAACUAGUAGUUCAGCUCCUAAACGGUCGUUAUCUAAUGCAUCAAUUUCAACAACACGUUCAAUAACAACUAAAAAGAAACAUCGAUGUGAUGAAGAGAAUGCUGAUCCAAUGAAUGGCAAUAAUAAUAAUAAUAAUAAUAACACAGAAUAUAUUGAUGAUGACGACGAUGAUCAUUACGAUAAAAAAGCAGGUGAAGCACUUUUACGUAAUCUUAUCGCUCAAGUACUUCCAUCAUUUAAUCCUCGGUAUUUAAAUGGUGGUGGUGAUGAUGAUGACGAUGAUGAUGAUCAUGAAGACGAAGAUGAAGUUAUAAGUAAUCCUCGUCGACCCUCACCAAUAAGUCAAACAUAUAGUAGUAGUAAUGCAUCAUCAGUGCGUUCAGUUGAUAUUGAAAUAGAAAUCAAUAAAAAAAGUGAGAAAAACUUAUGUGUUCGUUCCAAUAAAAACCACAUUACGGAUAUUAUACAACAAGAAAAGAUUCAUUCCAAACGCACAUAUAUUCACAGACCCGUACAUCAAACGAAAUCAUCUGAAUUACGUCGUCUUCAAACGCAUUCACGUCGAUAA